AUGAUAAAACAUCCUAAAUAUGUGUAUGGUCCUAACGACCGCUGUGUGUCAGCUAACUUGAAUUUUAGUGAAUAUCUCCUAAAUAAAUUGUGGAACAACAAAGAGAAAGUAGCUUUGAUAAAUGGCUCUACACACGAAGAGUUGAAAUACAAUGAAAUAGCCCAAGAAGCGUUAAAUUUAGCAAUCUCAUUGACCCGUUUGGGUGUUAAAAAGGGGGACGUAAUCGGUAUCAGCUCUGAAAAUCGCCGAGAAUUUUGGAGCACCAUCAUAGGCAUUUCUUGUACUGGCGCUGUUGUUACUACCAUCAAUAUAGGGUACACUAACGAUGAACUUAAACACGUCAUGAAUAUAGCGAAACCAAAAUACCUAUUCUGCUCACCAUUCGCCUACAAAACUCAUUUGAAAAAUUAUAAAAACUUUGGCUUCCUUAAAAAAAUAUUUUUAUUUGGAGAAAACAGACCACAUAAUACUAUUUUGUAUAAAGAUUUAGCUAUAGCAAAUGAGAAAAUGAAAAAUGUAAAUUUCGAAGAUUUUCGACCUGUGGAUGUAGAAGGACAAAAAGAUUUGUUAUUUAUAUUGUAUUCCUCUGGAACGACUGGCUUACCUAAGGGUGUGAUGUUGACACAUCACAGUGUUUUAACCCUAUGUUCAUCAAAUAUUGUCCUGCCACCGAUGAUAGGUCUGACCAUCACUCCGUGGUACCAUACAAUGGGGCUAAUCAGUACUCUGGCAAGCUUCAGCAAAGGAUCAAAGUAUGUGUACUUGCCGAAAUUUGACGUAGAAUUAUAUCUGAAGACGGUUGAGAAAUAUAAGAUACAACAACUAACUGUAGUUCCAGCCGCCAUUAUUGCCUUGUGCAAGUCGAAUCUGCAGUACGAUACUAGUUCUGUACAAGUCGUAUACUGCGGCGCCGCACCACUGUAUGAAGAGACUGCUAAAACUGUGAAACAGAGGUUCCCAAACGUAACGGCAGUGUUACAAGGCUAUGGCAUGACAGAGACCACGCUAGCUAUUACCAUAAAUUUGAACCCUGAUAAGAUUGGCAGUGUGGGUACAGUUACAUCUCAUACUGUUGUUAAGGUUGAAAACCCAGAAACACGUGAAGUUCUUGGUCCAAACCAAGAAGGAGAGAUCUGUGUUAAAAGCAUUAUGCUCAUGAAAGGUUACAUUGGUAAGGACAAAAAGGAAGAUUUUGAUCAAGAAGGCUUCUUCAGGACUGGAGAUAUAGGAUAUUAUGACGAAGACGGCUACUUCUAUAUUGUGGAUAGAUUGAAGGAACUGAUCAAGUAUAAAGGCUAUCAGGUACCCCCAGCAGAAAUUGAAUCAGUGCUACUCAAACACCCAGGCAUCAGGGAAGCGGGAGUGGUGGGUGUUCCACAUCCCAGUGCUGGAGAAGUACCACUAGCGUUUGUAGCUUUACAACCAGACUACACUCUCACUGAGAAAGAAAUAUGUGACUUUGUGGCUGAGAGGCUUUCAAACGCAAAGCAUCUCCGCGGUGGAGUCAGAUUUAUAGAAGAAAUACCAAAGAACCAAACUGGCAAGAUUUUAAGAAGAGAGUUACGUAAAAUGGCGAAAAGGAAAAGUAAACUU